GUGUGUUGUAUGCGUGUUAAUGUGUAUGGUUCAUUCUCUCUCCUCCAAAACUUCAACCAACCAUUUUCUCUCUCUUCAAUUCCCAUUUCCAUGGCUGACCCAUAUUCCAAUUCAUUAGCUAGUGUUCUAAAAUUCAGCUCCCACCAUCACCAUUUCCCACAAUCACAACCUUCUCCAUCUCCCUCACACCUCACUAUGUCUCUCAAUUGCCUUUCAUAUCCCUACCCGGAUUUGGGAUCGGGUUCGGGUUCAGGUUCAGGUUCGCCUCCGCCUUCGUCGCCACCGCUCCGCGAGGCUCUACCGCUUCUCGGGUUGAUAUCUCCCCCCGAGCAACGGCAGGAGCAAGAGGAAGAAGACGAUGGCGGAGACAACGAGGGCAACGACGAGUCGGUGACCGUGGCACUCCACAUAGGGCUACCUAGCCCUAGCACAGCGGAGAUGGCUUCAUCUGAGAUUGAUCACAGUAAUAAUAAUGAUAAUCUUGAUGAUUUUGGGCAGUCCACCAAAACCCUAAUAAAGGGGCAGUACUGGAUCCCUACUCCUACUCAAAUCCUCAUUGGUCCUACACAAUUCUCUUGCCCUGUUUGCUUCAAAACCUUCAAUAGAUACAACAAUAUGCAGAUGCACAUGUGGGGGCACGGCUCUCAGUACAGAAAAGGCCCAGAAUCCCUGCGAGGCACGCAGCCAACGGGCAUGCUAAGGCUGCCUUGCUACUGCUGCGCGCCAGGGUGCCGCAAUAACAUCGACCACCCUCGAGCCAAGCCACUCAAAGACUUUAGAACUCUCCAAACACAUUACAAGCGCAAGCAUGGGCUCAAGCCAUUCACGUGCCGCAAAUGCGGUAAGGCGUUCGCCGUGCGAGGGGACUGGCGAACUCAUGAGAAGAAUUGUGGAAAGUUUUGGUAUUGCAUUUGUGGCUCGGAUUUCAAGCACAAGCGCUCGCUCAAGGACCAUGUCAAGGCCUUCGGUAACGACCAUGCCGCCUACGGUGUUGGCAGGGUCGACGGUUUCGGAGACGAGGAGGAGGACGACCCCGCUUCGGAAGUCGAGCAGGAUAAUAACGAGUGAAAGGAUCGACACGGAGUUGUUAUAGUUAUAUAUAAUGAAACUUACUUACAAAUGUUAUUACAUUAUAUGUGUAAUUAAUUAGGGAAGCUUUGUUGUUGGUUGGUUCUGAUGUUAUAAAUCAUGUUUGUUUUGAUCCCAAAUGGAUCAAAAUAUUGAAAUGAAAAAAG